AAAUCUCGUGUCUGGUGGCCAUUUUUCGAUCAAUUGUGACUCAUUUUACCCUGCUUAUGCCUCUCUAAGAUUCUGUAAUAUUAUCAAAAUUUUCUUUCUCUUCAAUUUUAAGUAUAGGAAUAAAGUGCGUGUCUUGCAGACUGAAACUAUUUCGGUGAUUUGGCCAAAAUUGUAUGAUAACCCAGGGUGA